AUGGCGCACGCCAACUGCAGCUUCUCCUUUGGCUACGUCCAGACUAACUACCUGGCCCCGGUGUACGGGGUGGAGUUCGUGUUCGCCGUGCUGGGAAACGGUUUUGCCAUCUGGCUCCUGGGCCCGGGAGGAUCCAAGAACCGCCAUGCCGGAAUUAUCUUCUCUCUCAACCUGGCGGUGAGCGACCUGGCCUACGCCCUGUCCCUGCCUCUCCUGGUGGCCUACUACUCCAUGGGGAAGGACUGGAUCUUCGGCGUGGCCCUCUGUAAGGUGGAACGCUUUCUUUUCCACUGCAACCUCUACGGCAGCAUCUUCUUCAUCACCUGCAUCAGCGCCAACCGGUGCAUCGCCGUGGUCUACCCAUUCUAUGCCAGGGGCAGGGUGGAGAGUAAGCACGCCAGGCUGGCCAGUGUGGUCGUGUGGCUCGUAGUCGCCGCCAUUUCUUGCCCCGUGUUUGAAUUCUCCACGUUGAAGGCCGCGCAGGGCAAGAGCGAGUGCUUGGGAACCGCUCCGGACAGCCGGCUCGGCUCAUACUUGCCGUACAGCCUGUUCCUCGCCGGCUUCGGCUGCGGCCUCCCGUUCAUCGUCACCCUGGUCUCUUAUACGGGCAUAGCGCGGGCCGUGUGGAAGAGCCACGGCCUGGAAUCCAAGGAAAAGAGAAAAGUGGUGACCAUGGUGUGCGUGGUGGUGUCACUCUACACCGUCUCCUUCCUGCCCUACCACAUCCUGAGGAACCUCAACCUCGCCAGCAGAAGGUGGCCUAAGAAUUGCCAGCAGUCCAUCCUGGUGCAUUCGGCCUUCCAGGUCACCCGGGCCCUGGUGGCACUGAACCCUUGCAUCCACCCGUUGCUCUACACUUCCGUCAUGGACAACGUGCGGGCAAAGCUGGGCUGCCGCCAGGGGCAGGAAGGGGAGAAGCCUCCGGAGAGCAUUCGACUCGGCGCGGCGAUGGCACCGGAGCGGUAUUAG